AUGGGCAAACCACGCGCAGCUCGUUCCCUUGCUGAUCAGCUGGCUGAUUUUGAAGAUCCAACUCCUAAAGACUUUGACCCGGAGGAUAUCGAUAAUGGCCAACAAUCAAGUGAUGAUGAGGAUGAAGAUAAAGACGAAGUGAAUACUGGCAGAGAGCAUUAUCAGACUGUUGGGAAAGCGAAGCUCCGCAAAGAUGAUCCCCUCCCCCUGGGCAAACAAUAUGAGGGUGCCCGGGUCAGCCGGGCGGCGCUAGGCACCGAAAGUGAGGAUGACGAAGACUCGGAAGGCUUCUCCGUGUCCGAAGAAUCCGAUGAUGCCCUGGCCCUGGAGGGCUCAGAUGAGGACAUCGAGGGAGAUGAGGAUGAACAUAGUGAAGAGGAUGGUGAGAGUGACGCGGAGGAUGACGAUGACGAUGAGGAUGGCGAGGAGCAUGGCAAGGAGGUGGUCGACAAACACUCCAAGAGGAGUCGCCCAGAAGUCCGACAUGGCGACACAAGCGGACCGUCUGGUGACCGCGACGAAAUUCGAAAACUAAUGGCGACGGAUCAGAAAACUAUCGCUGCGACAAUCUCCUCGGCAGCCAAGGCCGAUGCUACGAAGGGAAAGGCUGUCAAGCAACAACGUACCACUUUUGAUGCGCUCCUUAACGCGCGAAUGAAGCUUCAGAGUGGAUUGACGUCUAUCAACGGUAUUGCUGCUGUUUUGGGUUCGAAAACCGAAGCAGACGGAGAGAACGCGAUGAACGACGAAGAGGAAGUUGUUGAUGAGGAAGCAAUUAAGUCGGCGGAGUCCGCUGCACUUGCGUUAUGGUCGACACUCGAAGGUUUACGUACCGCCCUGGCCGAUGCUACCGCCAAAGAAGGCAGCAAAAAGCGCAAGAGACCCUCCCCCGCUUCGCCUGCUACUAGCUCUGCCUCGCUCUGGGAACGCAUGUCUGAAUUGGAGUCCGAGUCCAUUUCCCACCGCCGUUCCGUUCUUGACAAGUGGUCCUCAAAAGUCCGUGGGACUUCUGCAUCUCUCCCCAACGCCAGAGGCAAAUUGCUCGGCUCUUCCUCCGGUCGCCAACAGACCAUCACAGCCGUUCUCGACGCUCAAGUCGCCACAGAGAUUGGAGAACGAUCCUCCAAGCGUUCGCGCACUUCUGAGCAAGAACCUCUCUACGAUGAUGGAGCUUUCUACCAGUCCCUUUUGCGCGAUCUCGUUGAACAGCGCAUGUCCUCAUCCGAUUCCAUGACCAAUGGCUUUGACAACCUGCACCAGCUGCCUUCCCGCCUACCCAUCCAUCCCAUCACUGGUAUGCGCAACGAUAAGGUCAAGCGAGACAUUGAUACCCGUGCUUCCAAGGGCCGCAAGAUGAAGUACACUGUGCAUGAAAAGCUUCAGAACUUCAUGGCCCCCGAUGACCGUGGUUCCUGGUCUACCCGCGCACGAGAUGAGUUCUUUGCUUCCCUGCUCGGCAAAUCGGCCAGUGGUUUGCUCGGUGAAGGCGAUGAGGGUGCCAGCGAUGAAGAGGAUGAGAUUGAUCGGGAGGAAGGUGGCUUGAAACUGUUCCGGAACUAA